AUGGCUACCGCCGCGGCUCGUGACGAUUCGAUGCUGCAGCUACCUAGACGGCUACUACGAAAAUCGCAAUUGAGAGUUAAGAGUAUACGACAAGCACGAGAUACAAUACAACAACAUAUACAACCGCGGCAGGAUGUCCCAGAGGGAGUCGCUGUUACCACCCUAAUUCUCACAGAGACAUUGGCCACGCCGUCCGCUACAUUCACACAAAUAUUAACACUUCCCCCCUCGACUUCUAUUUCUCAACCAGAGCGAAACCCUUCUACAGAUGAUUCCAAUACUCAUAUGCCCGAGCCCGAGCCAGUUCCGACUUCAUCUAUAAGCGCCGGGAUGCAGACGUCGGUUCCGAAUUCCGCCACCGUGCGCACCAGCAUGGGAAGGACGGUUACAACUCCCUCGCCUACAGCCACAGCGGAACGAGGCCCCGCCUCAACAACAGCUACCGCAUCAGGGUCCUCCAGCCCCGGAAUCGACACCAAAGCUCUAGUCCCUGCAAUAGUUGGUGGAGCAAUAUUUCUUAUUAUUGUUGCAUUUUUAUUGGGAUACUGUAUUCGUCGAAGAGGGAAUAAGGCACAGGAAGACUCGGACCCUGAAGGUGUAAACGAAAUAGAGCGAGGGUAUGGUGAAAAUGGCGAAGACGGCGCAUAUGGCACAGCAGGGUCGAGGAGACCAAAUGAGAAGCAGCCACCUCAAGCGACAUCGCGAGGUGUCCCUGAUAUCAAUGUCGACUCAUCGCAUGCCCGGAGCCGGUCGCUAAGCAAAGGGACCUCGCAAUCGAAGGAAGGGUUAUUGCAGAGCGACUAUGGAAAACUAGGCCCCAAUGGCACGUAUACUUCGGAGCCUGAAAAAAGGCAUGCUAUCGCGAUGUUUCGAAGGUCUACAGCGCAGGAUUCUGCGACCAUCCCUCAUCAUCUUAGACAUCUAAGGCCCGAGUCGGUGUCCACGGAUGGACCACGAAGCCCUGGGCUAAAUAAUAUAUCCGACGAGGGCGAACAUUUCCACCGUGCCGUUCCUAUGGCCGACCGUAUUUCUAAAAUCGGGAUGGCUCUUUCGACCUCUGACAAGUCUGUACAAGAUGAUAAUAUCUCCGCUGUCAUCCAGGAUACAACGAGGCAGCCGGAGCCCCCCAGAAGCAUUUUCCAGCAGAAUAAUACUAUGUAUUUUGAGGAUACGCCGCCGAUAUACUCACUUCCUCAAGGUACAUAUUUCGGCGCCGGAGCAGCAGGUGCGAAACCGGGCCCGUCUUCAUCUGCUCGAGACCCACCACCAGAAUUUGGAACAGUUGGUUCAGGGCACUCGAGCAAUCGAUCUCGAUUCGCUGGUCGGUCUGAUAUUGCAACACCAUCACCGCCUGGGACACCUACAAGAUCAUCGCGGGAUCAGGAUCGAGAUCCUUCUACGAGUAGUAGACGUUCUUCGAGGCGUGGUUCAGGAAUAUUCGGUCUCGCAUCUGCCACUAUGGCCAGUGGCACCGAUGUUCGACGAACAAGACCUAAGAGUUGGGAUCGAAAAAGUCGGCGUUGGGAUAAGAAAAGGAAUAGUCGAGGCCGAGGACUCGGUAUUCCCGCUGGACUUGAAAAACGGAAAGGGAACAAAAGCAGGUCCAGGAGUAGGAAUAAUACAAUGUGGACAGCAUGGUUUGACAGUAGCAGUGAGGGCGAAGACAACGACCUCGAGGAUGUUGUCGAACCAAUACCGCUACCGGGCGGUAUCGUGAGCUCGAAAUCCCAAAGCCAAAGAAAAAAGAGAGUUAUUUUCAACUCGACAUCAGACAUCUCAGAAAUCCCGACGGUAUCAAGUGCCAGGACUCUCACAAACAGCCAGUGA